UCUACCAAAAUGCAGCUCACCACCAUCCUCACCACCGCCCUCCUCUCCUCCGUCUCCCUGGCCGGCACCUUCAAAACCCUCUCCAAGAGCAAGCCCAGCCCAGCCCUGAACUGGAACGUCACCAACUUCAACACCCACUGCACCUCGGGCGACUGCACCUACAACUUCCACAUCGCCGGCCUGGGCACCCCCAACACCCCCGGCUUCAACACCACCUGCACCGGCACCACGAGCAAGGAGGACUACCAGCCUUGCGGCAACGAGCAGAUCUCGGCCAUUGUUGACCCUGCCAAGUCGUCGCGUUGGGACGUCCAGGUUCAGCAUACCUGGGUCAAGGGCGAGGCGCAGUUCUGGGCUGUUGGGAGUGCGAAUGCUACUGCUCCGGCGAAGCGGUUUCAUAUUACUGCUGAUGAGCAGUAUGGUGUUGCCUAAAUAGGGAAUCGGGUUCUUUUU